AUGUAUGGGUAUUCGAUGAACAACGACGACUCUCCGUCGAGGUUGUUCGCGCCGGUUAUUUCGGUGGAAAAAAGUACGUUUUCCCGGCAUCGUGAAGAGAUGACUAUCAAGGAGACAACAACAGCGGCGGUAGUGGCUACCGCGGCCACCCCCCGGAGGAGACGAGCCAGCGGUUUCGCGAGGAUGGCGGCCUUUUUGUUGGUAGCCUCCGUCGUUUUGGCCGAUGUGAUCAGAGUCUGUGAAUGUCGUACCUUAGGAGAUGACAAUUACCGGCUACAGCGAGAUCGCCGAGAUGAUAAAAGCUCGGAUUAUAUGGGUGAUGGUACCGUUAGUGAAGAGGAUGAGGAUUCGGAAGAAUCCCCCGACGGCGCCGGUGUUCCGCACACAAUGCCCAGCCUACUGACAUCGGGACUUGUGGUGGAAACUAUCGAGGGCACAACGGUCAAUCUACCCUGCAAGGUUGCCAAUGGUUCUGAGGACUAUGCGGUAAUUUGGAUCAAUGGCACUAAGAGCAUAAUGACCGACUACUAUCCAAUGACUACAGACCCGAGGGUCAAACAUGGAACGCAAUCGGAGACAUCUGCAGGAUACCAGGAACACACAUUGAUCAUUGAGCAAGUAACAAGGAUGGAUUCUGGAUCCUACACGUGCAGAAUAACAACAACACCCCCCCUUGAGAUAACCCAUACCCUUCGUGUCACACACCCGGCCAAAGUUUUGACAGUAACAUCAGUGGGAUCCUCGGGUUCGUCUACCGGAGGCUUGAAAAAGUUGUCCGUGAAACAAGGUGAACUCGUGCAACUGGUAUGCAGUGUGGCAGGGUACCCGGAACCUACUGUUCAAUGGACCAGAAGGGCUAAAUACCAUCAGCAACCGCAUCAAUCGACCUCGGUGUCUCCAGACCAUGAUCAAAAAGUCCCGGAUUCUGCAUCAUCAACUUCCUCGACGGUAGUCGUAUCGAACACAAAUGAGGUCCGUAUCGAUUCCGUCGUCGCAUAUCGCGAUGCCGGUUACUAUGAGUGUUCGGCGCACAACAGCAUCACCACAGGAUCCACCUCCUCCGGGUCUGGAGGGCCCAACGCUGCAAACGCACAUUUGGGAAUAGAACUGGAAGUAGAGUUCUUGCCCGACAUUGUUGUGCCCCGUCUCGUCGUCAACACCGGAGAGACGUACACCGCUCAGAUGGCGUGUUCCGUGCAAGCGUACCCCAAGGUGAAAGUCACGUGGGAAAAGGAAAUGCUGACCCCGAAUGGACCGGCAUCGUCGACACCCGUGGUCGCCGAAGGCCCCAACAGCCGGUACGAUACGUCCAGGCAAUCAGCCGCCCAAAACGCUCUCCAGGGCUCAGGGAACGCAACCGCUAUGCCGGCAGGACCCACUUUCGUGCUCCGAGUGAAACAGGUGCAAGGACCGCAGGACUUUGGUCGGUACCGUUGUAGGGCCGAGAACAGGGUGGGCGUCUCUUAUUCGGAUUACAUAACGUUGACAGGUUCACCGGCCCGACCACAACAGUCGUACGUCAAGGUCGAGGGCAAGGCUCCCGAACUGGCAUGGACUGUGGACAGUUGGUCGCCACUGAUCGAGUACCAGUUGCAGUACAGGCAGCAACAGGACUCGCCAACUUCUUGGGUGGACGUCAAGCCGCAGCCACAGGUGGUCGAGUCGUCUACUGGUGGCAACGCGGGAGACGAACGCCGGUACUCCAUGUCCUACGUGUUCGGCGACAACGUUCAGCCUCAACAGCAGGUCGGAGCACCCGCGACCUUACCGGUCACACUUCAACAUGGCAUCACGUACGUGGCCCGCCUCAAGGCUCGCAACGUUCACGGCUGGUCGGACUGGUCAUCGGAUGUCGUGUUUUCCGGUGGAAUGGACGAUGACCAAGGGGCCAACGAGAUUACUCAGUACGACGGACAUCAACAUAACGACGACGUUUCGAAAGCUUCCGUCGCAGGCACUAGUGGUGCAUCAGGUCUGCAGCAAUACUGCAGCACCGCAUUGGUCACCUCCAUCGUGUUGGCAGUUACCGCACUGGUCGCCACCGCGACUUCCGCCUGUUAG